CUCCACGCUUUUUACAGCGUACGCACGCGCACGCUCAUCUUCUCGUCUCUCUCUCUAGCUCACCUGGCCGACUGGCAGCCACGUACACGGAGCCGCUGCCACCUGCCGCGACAUGGCCGUCCUUCCUUUCAGGCUGCGGCUGCGCACGGCGGCCAUUUCCGGCCCGAGCCCCUCGUCUUCUGUCGUCUGUCCUAGCAGGCAGCACAGAGACGGUGGCUCCUUCUCCUGCCGCGCCGCGGCGGCAGCCGGGGGACCGAUCAUCGUCUCCGGGGACCCGCCCACGUUCGUCUCCGCCCCCGGCCGCCGCAUUGUCGCUGUUGGCGACCUCCAUGGUGAUCUCCACCAAACGAGGGCUGCACUGGUGAUGGCCGGUGUCCUGAGCACGGAAUCAGAUUGUCAUGUAUGGACAGGCGGGCAGACGGUUCUGGUUCAAGUUGGGGAUAUCCUUGACCGUGGAGAAGAUGAAAUCGCAAUACUGUCCCUGUUGAGUUCACUCAAUGUGCAAGCAAAAUCUCAAGGCGGUGCUGUGUUUCAGGUAAACGGAAAUCAUGAAACCAUGAAUGUGGAAGGCGAUUUCCGGUACGUCGAUCCAGGAUCAUUUGAUGAGUGUAUACGCUUCCUGGAAUACUUGGAGGAAUUUGAUGGCGAGUGGGAUGAUGCUUUCCUCAACUGGGUUAAUGUUUCUCAAAAGUGGAAGGAAGAAUAUCGGGUGUCGCCUAAUGGUGACUGGCUUCCUUUGAACUUUGUCAAGAAAAAUAAAGGGUUCGCUGCAAGAGCAUCACUUUUUAAGCAAGGUGGACCAUUAGCUUGCGAAUUGGCACGACAUCCUGUUGUCCUGAAUGUCAAUGACUGGAUGUUUUGCCAUGGUGGCCUUCUUCCCCAUCAUGUUGAAUACGGGAUCGAACGCAUCAACAAGGAAGUAUCGAAUUGGAUGCAAUGUUCAAGUGAAGACAUCGAUGAUACCGAUCUCCCCUUCAUAGCUACCAGAGGAUAUGACAGUGUAGUAUGGACUCGUUUGUACUCUCAAGAUUCAGUCGAAAGGACGCGGCGUUCUUGGGAUCUAUCUUCUAUUAUCGCUGAACAAACAUUGAAAUCUGUUGGAGCUAAAGGAAUGGUCGUCGGACACACUCCCCAGACUCGUGGAGUGAACUGCAAAUGUGAUGGUAAAGUUUGGUGUGUUGAUGUGGGCAUGUCUUAUGGUGUACUGCAUUCGAGACCAGAGGUCCUAGAAAUAGUCAAUGACAGACCAAGAGUUAUAAAGGGCCAGAGGGACUCAUAUGAUGAGAUGGAAGUGCUGGACUAUUUAUGAUACCUCGAAAUUUAUGUAUAUAAUAGGCAGCAUUUUACUGGGAAAGAUAUUAUACAAGACAGUUUUGGGUGGACACCCGGUUGACUAAAUUCUUCAGGACACAUAUACAUCAAAAGAUACCAACCGGCUUUCCAUAACGUGCUUUCCAGGACUGUUCACUCAGUCUUACAUCGCAAAGCAUCGGCUUGCUAAUGAGGCAAGGGACAUAAUAAUAAAUUAUGAGCAACAGCACUGUUAUCAUCUUCAAGUGUUCAUCAAGAAGGCGAAGGACAGCCGGGCACUCAUCCAUAGGAAUUGGAGUAAAGUUGUGUGUGCCAUACGCAUGGAGGAGACCACACUAUGGGCAUUUCGUUUUUUCUGCUUCGCCAACAACCCAGCAGGUCUUCACCUAGAAUGUUACCGUCUAUGAUGUUGAUGAUGUUAAAGAUUUUAGAUGUCAAAUGAGUACUGCUACUGUGCCACUUGUAUAUGUAUGCUAUGGUGCUAUUGUGAUAUCCAUUAAUUAUGCAAUGGUGGUUGACCAUUUGUUA